GUGUUGUUUUCUGGAUGAGUGUCGAAAGCUGGUUCUUCCCUCCGCUCGUCUGCUCAUGACCCGUAAAGGACAACUUUGACGACAAGGAACCAGAGAUCUGAUCACUUCCUCCGUCAUGACCAGAAAGGUGUUCACCAACACGCGCGAGCGCUGGCGCCAGCACAAUGUCAACAGCGCCUUCUCCGAGUUGCGCAAGCUUAUCCCCACGCACCCGCCCGAGAAGAAGCUGAGCAAGAACGAGAUCCUGCGGCUGGCAAUGCGCUACAUCGACUUCCUAACGCGCCUGCUCGAGAGUCAGGGUGGUGGCGGCGUGGGCGGGCGAGUCGAGCACGCCCCUGCCGCCCUCCUCACGCUGCUGCGCGGCAACAUGGAGCAGCUGCGCUCGCCUUCCCGUCCUUGGACGCUGGCCAGUGACACCGAAGCGCCCUCCUCGCCAGGGUCCAGCUGUGGCAGCUCGGAGCCCUGGUAGGAUCACUGCCGCAAACGGACUUGCAGACCCACUUCCCCCCCCCGGGUCUGACAUUCUACCUUUGUGAGGACUGCACAUGAGCAGCGUUGUGUUUGUAUUGUGCAUGGAUGUAUGACUUGUUAGGUACAGUAUUUGUCUACAAAAAGGGGGGCGACUUGUCUACAAAAAGACAUUUAUCUCCGUGAACCCCUCAAAAAAAGCACUUUUAUAUCUUUUUUUCACCUCGACUGACGAGAUUGCACUGUUUUUCUUGAAGAUGUGAGGACUCGUUUUUGUACAGUUUGCAACUCAUCUCGCCAAAGAUUGAUGUAUUUUUGUUUGUCGUGACGCUAAUUCACAUAAUUAGCCUCCGAUAGCUCUUUGUGGAAUUUAUUUCUGUUGUUGCUUGUGAAAGAAAUAUUAUUUAUUUGAACUAUUUAUUGAAUAAACUUUUUGUUGAUGAGGAAUUUCUGCCCAACAUUCGUUAAAUCAGUGCCUGCAGCUCACGUUUGCAAGCAUUAGCGUUUUUAUUUUUGUAUGAAAUUGGGAAGGAGGCGGGGUUGGCUUGGACUUUGUGGAGGGGGGCUGAAUUGUAUUUUGGGGGUCUCGAAUUAAGCCAUGAUUUACUG